CAAAAUCAGCCAUCACUUUUGAAUUGUUGAUUAACAUAAUUAUUUAAAAAAAACAAACUAAUGAAACAGGGCUGGACAAAAAUGAUGGUACCCAUAACUUAAUAUUUUGUUGCACAACCUUUUGAGGCAAUCACUGCAAUUAAACGAUUUCUGUAUUUGUCAAUGAGCGUUCUGCAGCUGUCAACAGGUAUUUUGGCCCACUCCUCAUGAGCAAACAGCUCCAGUUGUCUCAGGUUUGAUGGGUGUCUUCUCCAAAUGGCAUGUUUCAGCUCCUUCCACAUAUGUUCAAUGGGAUUCAGAUCUGGGCUCAUAGAAGGCCACUUUAGAAUAGUCCAACGCUUUUCUCUCAGCCAUUCUUGGGUGUUUUUGGCUGUGUGUUUUGGAUCGUUGUCCUGUUGGAAGACCCAUGACCUGCGACUGAGACCAAGCUUUCUGACACUAGGCAGCACAUUUCUCUCCAGAAUGCCUUCGUACCUUGCACACUUUCAAGACACCCUGUGCCAGAUGCAGCAAAGCAGCCCCAAAACAUUACUGAGCCUCCUCCAUGUUUCACCGUAGGGACAGUGUUCUUUUCUUCGUAUGCUUGCUUUUUGAGUCUAUGAACAUAGAGUUGAUGUGCCUUACCAAAAAGCUCCAGUUUGGUCUCAUCUGUCCAAAGGACAUUCUCCCAGAAGCUUUGUGGCUUGUCAACAUGCAUUUUUGCAAAUUCCAGUCUCGCUUUUUUAUGAGUUUUUUUCAGCAGUGGUGUCCUCCUUGGUCGUCUCCCAUGAAGUCCACUUUGGCUCAAACAACGACGAAUGGUGCGAUCUGACACUGAUGUACCUUGGCCUUGGAGUUCACCUUUAAUUUCUUUGGAGGUUGCUCUGGGCUCUUUGGAUACAAUUCCAACGAUCCGUCUCUUCAAUUUGUCAUCAAUUUUCCUCUUGCGGCCACGUCCGGGGAGGUUGGCUACUGUCCCGUGGGUCUUGAACUUCUGAAUAAUAUGAGCCACUGUUGUCACAGGAACUUCAAGCUGUUUAGAGAUGGUCUUAUAGCCUUUACCUUUAAGAUGUUUGUCUAUCAUUUUUUUCGGAUGUCCUGGGACAAUUCUCUCCUUCGCUUUCUGUUGUCCAUGUUCAGUGUGGUACACACCUUUUCACCAAACAGCAGGGUGACUACUUGUCUCCCUUUAAAUAGGCAGACUGACUGAUUAUGAGUUUGGAAGCACCUGUGAUGUCAAUUAAAUGACACACCUGAGUUAAUCAUGUCACUCUGGUCAAAUAGUUUUCAAUCUUUUAUAGAGGUACCAUCAUUUUUGUCCAGGCCUGUUUCAUUAGUUUGUUUUUUAAAAUAAUUAUGUUAAUCAACAAUUCAAAAGUAAUGGCUGUUUUUGAUUAUUUAACUUUCAAUAAAUUUUUAUUUAUUGUUACUUUUGUGAGUUUCAAGUGAUUUCAGUGAGAAUUGUGGGUUUUUCCUUCUUUAACUGAGGGGUACCAACAAUUUUGUCCACGUGUGUAGCUGUUACUGUUGAGCAAGAGGACACACAUUGAUGGAAAAAAGUCUGAAGAAUUAGUCUGAUCCUGAUAGUAUGUGAGUGCGAUGUUCAAUCCUGACAAUGUUGUGAAAAGAUAAAAAAAUAGAAGAAAGAACACAGUUUUGCUCUACCCAUUCUUUAGGAAAACUGAUGAUGUUAAUACCAGUGUAUCAUGUGAUUCACUGUUUUCUUCUACAUGAUAAAAGGUUAUGCUAGCAUGUUGUGAGACACACACUCCAUGCUUGAAAAUUAUUAUUUUAAAUAUUAUGUUGAUUCAAAUAUAUGUUCCCACAAUUACAAGAGACUUCAAUGAAUAAAAUAAUACAAAAAAAUUAGAUUUAAAUUUCAUUUUAACUGUUUUAUUUGAGAUUCAGUUUGGUCAUCAGGGGUGGGACAAGAGAAAAUGGCAUUUUAGGGGGAACUUCAGACUUAUUUGGUAUUCUAAAAAAUAUUUUCAAACAUUCUUUUUUCCUUGUUUUUAUUUUUCAUUUUUUUAGAUUUGGUCUGAGGACAAGUACAUUUACACAACAACUGCAUCUUUGUACAUGGAUUAUUUGAAAUUUGAAGGGUGGAAUGUAAAAUGCCCUCCAAUUCUGGAAUGACCCAUGGGAAAACGGGUGCAAAUCUUGCUCUUUGGCCAGACCUUAACCAAACUUAACACUUCUGAAUGUGAAAGCUUCCCUCAGCCAAUGCUCUCUGCCACUGUAAGUAAAAGGCACAAGGCUAUAUAAAGGCAGUGUACAGUCUUUAAAAGUAAGAUAGAUUCCGUGGAAAUUGUUGUCUCUCUUAACAUAUUUGAACCUCAGACAGUGCCUACAGCUAUAGGAGAUCUACUUGAGAACAUAGACUGUAUACAGUUUAUGCUUCAGAAACAGUGGGCUUCCCAACUUGUUAAAAAUGUAGCCUUACGCAUGCGCAGAGAUAGCGAACCUGGACUGGGCGGACAGAUAUCAGCGGAUUUGUAUAAUUACUGGCUUUCUGCCCGUGCACGUAUAUGUGAAUUACACACAUUGGCACAAAUCUAAAUACACUGAGACGUGUGCGGUGUCGCGCUCAUACACAUACAGUACCAGUCAAAAGUUUGGACAUUCUCAUUCAAUGGUUUUUAUUUAAUUAUUUUAUACAUUGUAGAUUGAUACUGAAGACAUCAAAACCAUAAAAUAACACAUAUGAAAUUAUGUUCUAAAGAAAAAAUUGUUAAUCUUCAGUAUUAAUCUGCAAUAUAGAAAAUAAUGCAAAUAAAUAUAAAGCAUUGAAUGAGAAGGUGUGUCCAAACUUUGGACUGGUAGUGCCAUCUCAGUGACAGUUUACAUGAAUGUGCAAACGAAGUAUUCAGUUUUGGCCUGGUGGGACUCGUCUGAUAUUCACGGUGUUGAACAUAGACAUAUAAAGACACCAUAGACAUAUAUAUGGUGUCGAAUAUCUGGAGGUUCUUAGAUGCUCUCGCGAGCCUUGCGACCAUUCCGUUACGGUAACCAUAGCAACCUUUAGAGUUUGUACACCGUCUGCGCUCCAUCCGUGACCCGGGCGAUACAGAGCGAAUACUGAGUUACUACUAGUUACCGUGGACGUAUUUGCUGUCCCUAUAACUGCAGUUAGUCUGUGUUUAUCCCCCGCUGACGAUCUGUGAGGUGAAACUCCAGAAAUACAUUAAAGCCACUGAGCUGUUGAACGAUGGACGCUUCAAACGAAACCCAAGACAGAAGACAGCAGAGAAUGCAGUCGGCUGCCUCAUUCAAAGCUUUUCUGUUGAAAAACAGCACAGAGAGUAACCUGAAUCUCUAUGACCACCUCACCCAGCUACUGAUGAAGGUGAUGACUGAGCAUCCACAUAAUGCAGUGGACGUGAUUGAGGAUAUGAGCCGAGAUGUAAAGAGAGGCUUAUUUCACGACAUGCAAAGCACUCUGCGAGACCUUCCACAGACUACAGCUGCUGAGCUUCUGGCUGAGCAGCAGUGUUCGCUGUUUUCUCGGCCAGAAGACGCAGCCCAGGAGGAGGAACUGGUUGAAACACCUCUUCCGAAUGUGAGUGAGAUUGGCUUCAACCUGGAGCAGGCUGGAGUGAGUUUGGGCAGAGAGGAGAUGCAGCGGAUCUUUCUUGCGCUCAAACAGUUAGUUGAAUCUCAGGCACUACCACGCUGUCGACUGUGGGGCAAGAUUCUGGGAACACAGAGCAACUACAUUGUUGCUGAAGCUGAGUGCAGAGAGGGUGAGGAAGAUGAAGAGCAGAGUGCUGAUGAAGCACCUGAAGAUGAGGAUAGAGAGGCUGAGACUCAGGAGAGUGAGAUGGAUCCACUGCCUGAGUCAACCUACAAACCACCACCAGUGGUACCAAAGGAGAUCAUUGGAACAGGUGUUAACAAGUUUGUUUACUAUGUGUGCAAUGAACCUGGUCUUCCUUGGGUAAAGCUCCCUUCGGUCAGUCCAGCACAGAUAGUUGUUGCUCGGCAGAUCCGUAAAUUCUUCACUGGUAGGCUAGACACUCCAAUUGUGAGUUACCCACCUUUCCCUGGGAAUGAAGCCAACUAUCUGAGAGCACAGAUCGCUCGGAUCUCUGCUGGCACACAGGUCAGCCCUCAGGGCUUCUAUCAGGCUGGGGAGGAAGAAGGUGACGAGGAAGAUGAGACACCUCGGGACAGCUACGAAGUGAAUCCUGACUUUGAGGGCAUUCCUGUCACCGAAAUGGUUGAGUCUUUGUCUUUCUGGGUGCAUCAUGUUCAACAUAUUCUGCAGCAGGGCCGCUGUACUUGGGUGAACCUGACUGUUAAACCAGGAGAGGAAUCCUAUGAGGAAGGAGAGUCUGAUGAGAAGGAAGAGGAGCCCGAUGAGCCUGAGCCAGAAGUUGGACCUCCACUGCUCACCCCCCUCUCCCAAGAUGCAGAAAUGUUUAACUCCCCUCCCUGGAGCUCCAAGUUGUCCUCUGCUCUCACCUCACAACAUGCAGUGGCUGUGUUGCGCUCUAAUCUCUGGCCAGGGGCGUAUGCAUAUGCUACUGGAAAGAAGUUUGAAAACAUAUACAUUGGAUGGGGUGUGAAGUAUGCAGGAGAAGGGUACAUCCCAUCUGUACCCCCACUACCUCAGAAAGAAUAUCCCAGCGGAGCAGACAUCACAGAGACCCUGGACCCAACACUGGAGGAAGAGCAGAUGCUGCAAGAAGCCUUAGAGGAGCAGCAGGCAGCCCAGGAGGAGAUGGAAGAAGAAGAAGAAGAAGAAGAGGAGGAGGAAGACGAUGACUGAGAAAGCAGCUACAAAUUUCACAUUUAAAUUUAAAUAGUAUUUAUUUGCAAGAGUCUGUGGCCAAAUAAACUGGUUUAUUCAGCAA